GUUCAGGGAUUGAAUGGGAAUAUGAUGGUUACUUGAGAACCCUGCAUAAAAUUGUUUUGGUCAGGCCGAUAUGACAUUGGAAAGUCAUCAGUUGCCAUGAUCGCAGCUUCAUACCGUUGAACGCUAACAUGUUCCCGUGUUAUCCAGACCCUAUUGCACGCAUGUCAGUAUGUUAUAAAUUGACGGCCGUUCUUGUGAAUUUGGUUGUCAGUUUUGCAUGAGGGGCUAAUUCCAAAUCUCGUAUUGUCUUCCAAUCCAACGAUCUGGCUGAUACAAGGUAGUUUCCAUGGCCCAGACGUAUUGCAGCCCUUCAAAGAUGGCCUGCAAAAGCAAGGCUUUAGGACGUCAACCGUCGCUCUUCUCUCCAAUAUUUGAAUUCCUGAGCUGCAUGAGGACAUUGUACAAGGAGAAAACGAUUGCCACUCGGGAGCAAGCUGAGAGGCUCUUAGAAAAUGGACAAGACGUGCUCACAAUCAUGCACUCUUACACCGGCAUGCCGGGUACGGAAUCGCUGGAAGGACUUGGUAACAGGGAGAGGGCUAGGGAAGACGGGCGUGGUUGGUCCUUUGUGCAUCUGCGCAUUCGUGGAAGGCGGGAGGGCGUCAAGACUGAUCGAGGACGCGCCGCUCGGGAAAGAUCGGCUUUUGGGGAAGCUGAGAUUCGACAUCAGAGAAGAUAGCAGGCAACAUUGCAGCAGUGCAAUUCAAUGCUUCUAUCGAGAUCCCCUUCAAGCACAGACUCAGGAAUUGGCGAAAUUGGUACCACAAGGCAGUAACACGAGAGUUAAAUUAGAUACCCGUCUCACAUGGCUAGCGUACAAGAUCAUUCCCAUACGUUUGUUUCUGGAGAAAAGGAUUAGGCUAUAGUAAUAGAGCUUAAAGAACUCGUGGUUGAGUGGGUUAAAGCUUCAGGAGCCGAUAUCGAAACUAUGAGAUGGAACAUGACACAUUCAUCGAUCUUUGUUCAUCCGAUUGUGGCGUCAAAUUUUCUUGCUUGAAAGGGGAGUAGGAUACAUCGUCAUUGUGAGAUCUUAGGUUAUCCUGAGACAUGCCCGGGAAAACGUUUACAAUCUUUCUAGAACCUUGGCUUGGCCCAUGAUAUUCAACUCAGAUCUUGAUGGAAACAGACCCUACUCUUCCCUUUGGAAUUUUUUUUAUUUCCAC